UAUAAAGGCAUACUGGAAGAAGUGGACACCAGACCGAUGCUAAAAAUGCUCCGACAGCCUGAGUUUCGGUGGCCUGUGGUGGGGGAUGGGCUUGGCGGCCAGUACCAGUGGUCUCAGAGUCAGUGGAGUCUCCUGAAGACACUGGCAGAGAUGAGGAACCAGCACAGCAAGAGCGUCCUGAUACGUCUGUACGUCUCCCCUGAUGACAAAAACUCCUCUUACUACAUAAUCAAGCUCGAUCAGGCUUCGUUGUCUCUUUCUUCAAGAGAAGACUACACCACCAACACUUCCUCUGCUCUGGAGAACCGAGCUGCAUUGCUGAGUCUGAUGGUGGACGUGGCUGUCAUGUUGGGAGCCCCGAGAGAAGCAGCACAGGCCCAGAUGGAAAAAGCCCUUGAAUUUGAGUCCAAAAUUGCUCAUAUUCUGAUUCCCUAUGAAAACCGCACCAGUGAGAACAUGUACAACAAAUACACGCUUUCUCGAUUGCAGCGCUCCAUGCCACAGUUCGAUUGGCUUGGGUUUGUGAAAGCUGUGGUGGAGUCUAAGGAUGAUCCAAGUUUGUCUAUUUCUUCCUCUGAGCCUGUUAUCGUCAGAACCCCUAAAUAUUUUAAAGAACUCAUGAAGCUUAUCGACAGCACAGAUGCCAGGUAAAAACACCUAAAACAAA